ACCGGAAGUCGUUUGCAGUCCAUAGUCCAAACGAAUGUCACGACAGCUUGCAACCCCAAGUGAUGCGGACGAACCAUAUGUUCAUGUUGACAGUUGUUCUCAUCAUCGUCGAUGCUUACGGUCAGGAGCAUCUAGCCAGGGCACUACUCGACUCUGCUUCCCAACCAAAUCUCAUUACGGAACGUAUGGCACAGAUACUAAGACUUAAGCGUAAGAAGGUGAAUGUACAGUUACAGGGACCUGGAGGAAUCGCAAUACGAGCUUCUGAUACAGUAUUCACACAAAUCCGUUCUCGAAAGGAAGAUUUUACCCGUGAUGUUGAAUUUCUAGUGUUACCCCAAGUCACAGCGGAUCUGCCAGAGCAAGAUGUACCUGUUAUUGAUUGGAACAUUCCUAAGGAUCUUUUUAUGGCGGAUCCGCAUUUCUACAUGCGAGGAAAAAUUGAUAUGAUCAUCGGCCUGCCUCACUUUUUUGCGUGUUUCAAAACACCCGCUCGCAUUCGCUUAUCGAACGACCUUCCCGAGAUGGUGGACAGCGUUUUCGGUUGGAUUGUUGCUGGUUCCGGUGAUUUGGUUUCCGUUACUCCAGAUUUAGUAAAAUGCCACACUACAACCGUGUGUUUAACCACGCUGGAGGAAAAUUUGGAACGGUUUUGGAACAUUGAAGAAUUGCCGUCGCGAUCCGAUUACUCAAUGGAAGAAAGGGAGUGCGAGCAGCACUAUUCAUCUACUGUUGAAAGGGACAGUACUGGUCGCUAUACCGUGCGUAUUCCGCGCCAUCCAGACUUCGAUACAAUGCUAGGAGAGUCCAAGUCAUCAGCACUACGACGAUUCAAAUUGUUAGAACGGAGGCUAGAACGUGACACCCGAUUAAAAGUCGAAUACCAUAGAUUUAUGCAGGAGUACAUCACAUUGGGCCAUAUGAGACUUCUGCAACCGUCCGAGCAGUCUGCUAAUAAAUGCCUUUACCUUCCACAUCAUCCAGUCAUCAAACACUCCAGCACGACGACUAAGGUACGCGUCGUCUUCGAUGGCUCCGCCAAGACAUCAACGGGGUUCUCGCUGAAUGAUGCACUCCGCGUUGGACCGGUUGUACAGGACGACCUACUCUCGAUUGUUCUUCGAUUUAGAACGUUUCCAGUUGCAGUUGUAGCAGACAUCGCCAAAAUGUACCGUCAAGUGCUAGUGCAUUCGGAUGACACUCCAUACCAGCGCAUUUUUUGGAGAUUUGGUGAUUCAGGGCCCAUUCAAGCGUACGAGUUAUUAACCGUAACUUAUGGCCUCGCCCCGUCUUCAUUUUUGGCAACUCGUACACUUCAACAAUUAGCCCGGGAUGAAGGUGCUGCAUAUCCCAUGGCUGCACAAACUCUCCAGAAGGGGUUCUAUGUGGAUGAUUGUCUAGGAGGUGCCCAAUCAAUCGACGAAGCUUUGCAAUUACGAGAGGAACUGGACAGUUUGCUCACCAAAGGCGGAUUCACUCUGCGAAAGUGGACAUCUAACAAGCUCGAAAUACUGCAAGGACUUGAACCGGACCAGAUCGGUACACAAUCCGCACUAAUGUUUGCACCAGAAGAAUCAAUAAGCGCCCUAGGCAUUGGAUGGGAACCGGAAACCGACAAAUUACGUUUUGAUUCGAAAAUUGAUCGAGAGGCCGUAGCUGACACCAAGCGAAAAAUUUUGUCAUCAAUUUCACAAUUAUUUGAUCCACUGGGGUUGAUCGCUCCAGUAGUAAUUCGAGGAAAAAUGCUAAUGCAGGAAUUAUGGCUGCUGCACUGCGAUUGGGACGAUUCUGUACCAGAUAUCGUGCAAGAAAAGUGGAACCAAUAUCAGCAACAACUUCCUAAGGUAGCUGAAUACACAGUAGAUCGCUACGCAUUCCUGCCAAAUUCGAAAGUCCAACUGCAUACUUUCUCGGACGCCUCAGAAAGUGCAUAUGGAGCAUGCGUUUACGCGAGGUCCAUCGACAAUCACGGUAAUAUCAGGGUCCAACUGCUAGCAUCGAAAUCUCGCGUGGCACCUUUAAAACGCAUCACGCUUCCCAGGCUCGAGCUAUGCGCAGCCGUCGUCGGAUCUCAGCUUUUCUCGCACGUUGUGAAGGCACUACAAAUGGAAGUUUCAGAUGCCCGGUUUUGGUCCGAUUCGACGAUAACAAUUCAAUGGCUUCAGGCGCCUCCACAUACUUGGAAAACAUUUGUCGCCAACAGAGUUUCUGAGAUACAAGCCAACACUCAUGGGUAUCGAUGGAGCCAUAUAGCUGGCAACGAAAACCCAGCUGAUUUAGUUUCCCGUGGAAUGAGUGUGGAGGAAUUUCUUGCAAGUUACCUUUGGAAGUAUGGUCCAGAAUGGCUUCGACUUUCAGAAAAGCAUUGGCCGGAGACUGCUCCUAUUCCUGCGGUUUUAGAUAACGUCGAAAUUCGUAGAGUCGUCGCUCCUAUAUUACGCACCAAACCAUUCACUAAUCCAAUUUUCUGCCGGUAUUCGUCAUUCAGCAAACUCGUUCGUGUAACGGCCCACUGCCUCAGAUUUGUUCGUAAUAUUCGCGAAAAGGCGCGAGCGCAACCUCAGGACAGUACGGUUCAAGGCGCCGGUAAAUUAUUGACGACUCAACAAUUAAGUGAUGCUGAAAUUCGCUUGAUUCAGCUCGCCCAAAUCGACGCAUUUAAGCAGGAAAUAAACGAUCUGAAGGUAGGAAAAUAUGUGUCAAAGCACUCACAAAUACGAUCUCUGAACCCCUUUAUAGACCAAGAGGGUACGAUACGAGUAGGGGGGAGGUUAAGAUUUUCAGACCAGACCUUUUCAAAUAAGCAUCCAUGUCUAUUACCCAGCUUCCAUCCACUAUCCCAGAUGAUUGCCAGACAUUAUCAUCUGAAAAUGUUACAUGGUGGCGGCCAAUUAACACUUGCUGCUAUGCGUGAGCAAUAUUGGCCUGUGCACGGAAGACGAUUAAUACACAGCGUCAUUAGAAAAUGCCUUCCAUGUGCAAAGGUUAAUCCCGUCCCAGCCCAACAACAGACAGGUCAGCUACCCGUAGCCCGAGUCACUCCGAGCAGGCCAUUUACAGUAACUGGUAUCGACUACGCUGGACCUCUUUACUUAAAACCACCGCACAAACGCGCUGCCCCAACUAAGGCAUACAUCUGCAUUUUUGUAUGUUUUUCCACAAAAGCGGUACAUAUUGAGCUCGUAUCUGAUCUCACAACGUCAGCGUUUCUGGCUGCACUUCGCAGAUUCAUUUCGCGCCGUGGAUUGCCAAAGCACAUCCAUUCCGAUAACGGCAAAAAUUUUGAAGGUGCCAGAAAUGAGCUGAGGGACUUGUACCUGAUGUUGCAGAAUGAUCGAGUGAUGGAAGCGAUCCAGUCGCAUUUGUCCAAUAAAGGAAUAACCUGGCACAUGACUCCUCCAAAGGCACCUCACUUUGGAGGCCUUUGGGAAGCGGCAGUCAAAGUUGCUAAAAAACAUCUCCAACGCCAACUAGGAAAUGUUCGAUUGUCGUUUGAAGACAUGGCCACAGUAUUGUCGCAAAUCGAAGCAAGUAUGAAUUCGCGACCAUUAACACCGAUGUCUGAGGACCCGAGCGAUUUCACUGUUUUAACCCCAGGGCACUUUUUAAUUGGAUCCUCGAUGCACGCACUUCCAGAACCCGAUAUACACUGCAUGGCCAGUAGCCGUUUAGAUCACUAUCAGCGAAUUCAGCAACUACAUCAACAAUUUUGGCACCGGUGGAGAACGGAAUACCUGCAGGAGCUUCAAAGGGACCAUAAAAUUUGCAAUGCAAACACGGAAAUUCUCCCGGGACGACUGGUGCUCAUCGUGGACGAAUGUCAGGCUCCCCUGAAGUGGCCGCUUGCCAGAAUCUUGGAGAUCCACCCAGGAGAAGACGAUUUGACUCGUGUAGUCACUCUGAAAACCAGUAAAGGAAUCAUAAAACGACCGAUCGUGAAAAUUUGUUUGUUGCCGAUAGAUCCUGCUGAACCGACUAAUCCUGAAACGAUGCUAGAAACGAUUCAUCAGGAAACGACGACACCGUUGAGCAGAAACCCCGAUUUAUAAUCGCAUCAGAAUUAAAAGUGUUUGAAUUUAUAAAUUAUGUUAGCGUUAAGUUUCUGAAUAUCAAAUUUGAGUUAUGAUUAAUUGAAAUUGACAUUUCAAGGUGGUGGCGAUGUUCAGGGUAGUAUUAAUUAUAGAAGGUACUAGAUUUCACUAACGAUAUAGCGAGCCCUGCACAUUUUUUAUUCAUUGGUACCUUGGGUACCGCUGCACAUACAUUGAAUUUUGGCAUAGAAUAGGGAUGAACUGUCAUGUACAAUUACUUCUAGUUGAGCCACCGAGUAAUAAAGCUGCGAU